UGUGAAUCUUGCAGACGACAGACGACACACAAACACAUGCAUGUUCAUGGAUUGUGGGGAGUUGCACGAAGGACCGCCAACCAGCAACAAUAAACCCCACCAGCAACACAGCGAGAGCACUGCACACGAACGGCAACUACCGAUCCAGCAACACAGCACACAUCAACAGCGUGCAAGGAAGAAAAGCUCGCCUUUGACAGAAGGAACUGUUGGCUUGCUGACGACACCAUCUAGCCAUAUACAUUUAUUCGCUCUCGACGGUUCUGCCAUCGUCAUCAACAUCAGCACUCAACGCACAGCCGCAAACAGCAGCACCGAACAGCAAAGAUGAACAGCAACACAAGCGCAAGCAAGUCUUCAGCGGCUGCGACAUCAAAGCAGCACAGUCAGCAUGGCAAAGCAGCAGUCUGCAGGAGCGCAGCCGUCGUGGGCGGUGGCGUGGCUGGCUUAGCGACUGCCAUGGCACUGCGACAGGUUGGCGUGGAGGUGGUGGACGUGUACGAGGCGUACGACGUCUCUGCCGGCGUGGCGAUUGGUGCGUGGCUCACCAUCGCCGUCAACGGCUUGGCGGCCCUGCGUGAGCUUGGCCUUGACAAUGCCGUCAUGCAGUGCGGCUUCCCAUCGGAGGAGAUUGAGUUCCACAGCGGCAGCGGCAAGCACCUGGGACGGAUCCCAAUCGGCGGCACCCUGGACGACGGCACCGUCACAUGCACGCUUCGCCGUGCGGAUCUCUACCGCGUGCUGCUGGAGGAGGCCAAGCGACGCGGCGUCAAUGUGCACUCGCGCAAGAAGCUGGCCCGUAUUGAAUGGCAGACGACAGCGGACGGCACAGAGACCAACACAGCGUCCACCUUGACCUUUGAGGACGGCUCGUCCGUUCCUGCCGCAGACCUGGUUGUGGGCGCAGACGGCAUCCACUCUGCGGUGCGCCAGCACCUCAACGCAGACAGGCAGGUGCAAUCUCGGUUCAUGGGCAUGGGCAACACGGGCGGCUUCCUGCCGCACGAGGUUGUGGAGAGCGUCAUGGACGCGCGCACGAAGCAGGAGCUCUCACGCGGCCUCUACCGCAUGCUCUUUGGCUACAAGUGCUUCUUCGGCUACACGGUGCACCCUGACACGGGCGACGUGUGGUGGUUUGCCAACCCUCCGCUCGACCACCCCUUGUCAAAGGAGGAGGCCAAGGCCGCGGACUGGCGCGAGCGCCUGGUGACCAUGUUCGCCGAUGACGCCGGGCCCGCGGCAGACGUGAUCCACAACACGCCCGAGCACAUCACCGUUGCCAGCCAGUACGACCUCCCGCACGUGCCCGUGUGGUACCGGGGCAACGUGGUGCUGCUUGGCGACGCUGCGCACGCGGCAUCGCCGUCGUCCGGCCAGGGCGUGUCGCUCGGCGUAGAGGACGCGGUGGAGCUGGCGCGCUUUGUGCAGUGCCAGACCACGGUGGCAGAUGCCGUGGCCGUCUUUGUGGCGCAUCGUCGCCCGCGCGCGCAGCGCGUUGUUGAGUAUGGGGCACGCAUGAGCAGCCAGAAGGUGCCUGGCCCCAUUGGGCGCUUCUUCAGGGAUCUGAUCAUGCCGUGGAUCCUGUGGUUGGUCAAGAACCAGACGCAGGACUGGCUGUUCUCCUACCGCGCACGCAUCGCAGAGAACACUGAAGAGGCCACAAAGUAGGGGUUGACAUUGUGAGGGGUGGGGGGCGAGGAACAAGGGAGAAACCACCGAUGACAGUGCGAACUGGACCAACGACGGUACGAACCGGUGGCAACUGCGUUUGGGUCCAAGCAACCCCACGAUCCAUCAAGCCACAACACACACACACACACACACACACACACACACACACACACACACACACACACACACACACACACACUGCUUCACUUGUCGUUGUUCCAGUGACAACCAAACCAAAACGUUCACGAACAGCCACGCCUUCGUUACGCAUGCACAUGCUGUUGCACAUACAUAGAGAACUGCCUG